UCCGUUGGGACAAGCCUCGACAUAAACUCGUCAAACCUGACAAUGUCAGAUCAACCUCGGAAGCGCAGGGCGGCGGCGCAGAAGAACGUCUAUGUCAAUCAACAAAAGCGCACCAAAACUCAGCCUUCAGUCCAGCCCGAGGACGACGGGGACAGCAAUGUCACCAUGACCUACCUCGAGCAUCGCCGCAACGCACCACGCGCUUCGAACCCCUUCUCGACCUUUGCUCCAGCGACCUCUGAGGCUGAUAAUUCCACCCCUGAGCCAACGCAGACAACACUCGCCGAUCCGGCAGAGGCAUUUGUCACGCAGGUUUCAGGGGACGAGUCCGAGAUCCAAGUGAACACCGCUCGGCAAGACGAGGAAGGUUUGUUUGUCGACGACGAGCAACAGUCAUCGCCCGCUGUCGACACGGAAGACGGACUUGGCGACGAGGAGACAGGCGACACGCAAGAGUCCAACGAGUCCGACAAAGAGAGCAAGCAAGUGGCGCUUGAGGAGCUCGCGAUCCAGUGUCACAAGUUGGUGGAGGUACUUCGCAGCUCCGACAAUGACGGCCAGCCCAAGACUAUUGCGCUGAGGCGAAAGCUAUUUGGCAUUGUUCGGGAGCAGUUCUGCGGUCGCCUGUCGUCCUUCGUUAACAUCGACAAGGUCGGGGACCUGGGUCUGAACCCGAGCACUGUUGCUGCGGAACUGGCCAGGGCCAAUCUCGCGUCCACACUUGAUCUGCUCCACACGAUCCAGUACGAAGUACUAAGCGCAGAGCCAGAGGAGGACCAUCCGUACAUCAACUUUUAUCUCGCUCAAGUCGACGACUUCUUUGCGAGCCUAUUCCAACCCUUUGGGGACCUCGAGAGGGAGAAUACUCUGCUGCACCUCAACAUCCGCACAAUGCUCGUCGUGGAAGAAUUGGCCAACAGGCCCAACGACAAUGUUAUACAGCUCAUCGCCGAGUUCUUCUUCGAUGUAGAGGAGGAUGCCACUCCCCUGACCCAGGACAACUACGCCAGCCGGCUCACAGGCAGCCGUCUCAAAGACCUGUCCUCUAAGUACGGGGAUACGACCGACACGAUAAUGAAGCUGGUGAGCCCCAGGAUUGCGGAUAUCAUUUCUACAGUAGAGGAGGCGGACAACACCAAUCAGGACCGCGCAGAGGCUUUGAGGGCCAAAUACGACAAGAACAAGCUCAUCCCGGAGAUCCGCAAAUGGGUACUCGAUACAUACGACCUAUCCAGAUUGCAAAGUCGACCAACAGAGGACCGCAUCCUAGAUGAAGCUGAGAAACUUGAUUCGCAGUCGGAAAUAACAGUCUCGCUCCGCCAAUGGCGCGAUGUGGGUGAUGAACGACCGACGUUAUUCGACACGCAAGCCCAGACUUCGAACAUCCUUUCAUCUCCAGUUCGAACAGCAGGAGACAGUGGCCCUUCUCCCAGACGCGCUGUGGAUGUCCUAACGGACGUGGACAUUAUCGGGCGGCCCCCAGCAAGUGUAGUGGACGAUGACGACGAGAAUCCGUUCGAGACGGAUAGCCGUCAACCAGAUCCGGAUCGAUCCGCCAUCGUCAAGACCCAGCUGAGGUCGGCCCCUGUGGUAUCGUCGUCAAUGCCUCCUCCGCCUCUGCCCUCCCAGCGCCCACCACCACCAGCACCACCACGGUCAUUCCCCUCCAGUUCCGCAUCCGCGCUCUUUCGCCAGCGUACUCCGUGGAGCGAAGAAGACACGGCCACCCUCGUCAGGCUGGUGGCGACACGACAGGCUGGGUGGGCGACCAUAGAGCAGAGAGACCAGGAUAAAUUCCAGCACCCCCGGAAUCAGCAGGCCUAUCGUGACAAGGCCCGCAACUUGAAGGUCGAGUAUCUCUUGGCGGAUACGCCCCUGCCACCCGGAUUUGAUCAGGUUGCCUUGAGGCAGAGGGAUGUCGAUAAGAUCGUGAGUGAGGGCAAAAAUCCAUAUCGCCGGGAGGUGGAUGUUGAUGGGGACGGUAACCCCAUCGACACGGAUCUUGCAGCAGUCUGAUGCUCGCGCGCGUGCGGAGAACGAUUGGGUGGUCGUAGGUAGGUAAUUUUGGACAAUUUGAAUAGCUGGAACUUUGCGAACGGGAAGAGAUUGUGUAUAGGGAGGAUUGUUUUCUUUGUUAGUAGUAUUUAGGUAAUAGUCAAGUGGCUGCAAAUGCAACACCGCAAUUGCGAUGUUCAAACGG